AUGCAUUCCUCCUUGAAGAAAUGGCUUGCCACUUCGACCCACAAGAUCGAUACACUCUUCCUCAGGUUUCACACAUCCGUCAACGGAAGAGUGAUUGAAUUGAGGAAGGACUUGGAGGAUUCACUUUCCAAGGUAUUCUCGUCCUAUGGACCGCCAUAUGUUAACCUGAAUACUACAGUGAGCUUGUGGGCAGUUGAGUUACUGAUGGAAGAACGAGAGAGGAAAAUUGUUCAGGGAUGUGGAUGUCGGAUACCUGAAACACAUGGCCUACCAUGUAAUUAA